UCGCGCAGCGGGAAUAGUUCUGAUUUGAAAAACAUUACGACUCGUUUUAAAGGAAUACACCGAACAUGUGAACAGGAUGUAGCCAGGGAUAUUGAAGACCCGCAAAUAAAUAUAAUGAAUAAAGUACAAUUUUCAUUGAACUUUCACAUAAACCGAAAUAUUUUAAAAGUAAUAUAUUCAAAUAGAAAUAAAUAGUUCAAGUGAAACCAUUUCGUUCUCAAAUUCAAGUUCGAGUGCAAUUUGAACAUCUGUUUACAUGCAUCUGCUUUAAUAGAAAUAGAUCUUGAUUGGCCAAUUAAUUAUGGUCUAGCAAACAGUCUAGCAUUCGGGCUGUCUCUCUAGCAUUGACAGUGCAUGUGGAAAAUUGCAUUAACUGAAGGUUGGAGAUACCAUAGAAGCAUCGGGGAAACAGGGCAACGAAUAACAUGACUAGAAGAAAAAAACUAAUGCUAUUGUUCGGUUCUGUGAUCUGGCUUUGCUUGCACCUAGAUACUGUGACUUCGGAUAUUAUCAAAUACGAUAGAUCUAUUAUAGAGGAUGCUAAUUUGCCGGCGCCAGAUCUGAUUAGGAAGUAUGGCUAUAAGGCGGAAGUCCACAAAAUAACGACCAAGGAUGGCUUUGUGCUCACAGCCCAUCGCAUACCGAAGCCGGGGGCGCAGCCCGUGCUGAUGGUCCAUGGCCUGGAGGACAGUUCCGUUGGGUACCUCGUUCUGGGACCCAAGAAAUCGCUAGCCUACAGGCUAAGUAAUCUCGGCUACGACAUAUGGCUGCUCAACACGCGGGGCAAUCGCUACUCGAGGAAGCACAAGCGCUACCAGCGGCAAAUGCCCCAGUUUUGGGACUUCUCCUUCCACGAGGUCGGCCUGUACGACCUGCCGGCCGCGAUAGACUAUGUUCUGGCCAUGACCAAGGGGUUCCAGCAGCUCCACUACAUUGGCCACUCGCAGGGAACCACGUCCUUCAUGGUAAUGGGCAGUGAGAGACCCGGCUACAUGAAGAAGAUCAAACUGAUGCAGGCUCUGGCGCCGGUGGUAUUCUGUGAUUACAUUGAGUCGCCCUUUGUCCUGUUGGCUUCGAAGUACAUCCGACCUCUGACUUUCUACGCCAGAACCCUGGGGAUAUACGAUUUUCCACCGGAGGGCGAAGUGUGGCAGAGACUGUUCUAUCAGAUCUGUAGCUUUGCCUUCAGGAACACCUGCAGCUACUUCCUUUUGCAGUUGAUGGGCGUCGAUGCCCAGCAGUUGAAUGUCACCCUCGUGCCGCUAUUUGUGCGACACGUCGCUGGCUCCUCGUUCAAGUCCCUGGGGCACUACACCCAGCUGGUGCACAGCGGUGGCUUCUACAAGUACGACUACUUCAGCGCUGUGGAGAACCGUCGCCGCCACGGCUCCGACACCCCGCCGGAGUACAACCUGGCCAAUGUCGACUGCAAGGUGGCCCUGUACUACAGCAAGAACGAUCUCCUUACCGCGGUCCGCGAUGUGGAGCGACUGCGCGACCUCCUGCCCAAUGUGGUCCACGACGAGCUGAUUCCCUACGAGAAGUUCAAUCACGUCGAUUUCAUUUGGGGGAAUGACGUCAACAGCAUGCUCUACGAUGGAAUGGUGGAGGUUAUGAGGAGGUCCGACGCCGGAGAGUUGUAGGGUAGUAGGAGGAUAGGAACCUUGAGGCUUACCUUUUGAAAAGUACCUUAAAAUUAGAGUAGUUAAAAUAAUGCACUUAAUAGCAAUAAAUCAUCCCACCGCCCCACCAUACUUGGUUUUCGAAGGAUCUUUGAUGCGACCCUUGGGUCCCAUGCUACAGGACCGCUCAUCAGCCUAGGCCUAGAACCAGGUCUAUGCUUGAAAGACCACAAAAAAGUUCAACGAAGAGUAGUGAAUAAUAUUGUAUUAUUUCUAUUGAAAGGAAUAAUAUACUGUCUUCGAUCGACCCUUGUACAGGACUAAGUGUUAAUCUAGUUUUAAAAUGUUCCUUAAUUAUAUUGAACCAACGCAA